AUCUCCAUCUUCACUCUUCUUCUUCUGUGAAGCUUCUCUCUUCUCUCUCUCUCUAGACACUCACAUUCAUUCUUUGCUUCACCCUUUUAAAUCACGAGAUCCCCAUCUCUUUCACUUUCCCUUCCAUGCCUUUGUUCAUAGUAUCUAAUCCUCCUCCCUUCGUCUCCUUCUCCACUCUUCGCCGUCUCCAUUAACGGCCAUUUGAAACCUUACCGAGAAACGUCCGUUAGAGUUUCCUUCCAUCAUUCACUGAUCUCGUUUUGAUUUUUUUCUUAACCGGAAAAUAAAAUAAAAAAAUGUCACCGUCAGGUAAACCGGUCCCUCCCCGUGAUUCAUUAACCUCCGAGAUUAAUAAACCGGAUUUUCGCGAGCUAGAUCUCGGUUCACCGGUUUCUCCGCUCCGUUCUCAGCCACGUGGACUCACCACAACCACAACAACAACAAGCAGCAGCAGCUCUAGCUCCUCCGGAUCUGUAACUAGACAUCCCCCGGUUAUCGGAAGAUCCGGUUCGGUUCGCGGUAGUCAAUCCGGUUCGAGUAGUGGCAACCUGAGAACGAGUCAAGCCAGAUCCGACUCGGUUACUUCCAACUCACAACCACUCGUCUCCUCUUCCACUCAAAGCUCCGCCACUUCUCCAGCUACGGCGGCGAAUGUGCUUCCCACCGGAAACAUCUGCCCCUCCGGGAAGAUCCAACUCACCGGAAUGACGCAGAGCCGCUCGAGAAGCGACGUUCUCGGAUCCGGCACGGGAACGUACGGACACGGCAGCAUAAUGCGAGGCGGAGGAGGAAGCGGCGUAUCUCCGGCGAAGCCUGUUGCUCCGGUGACCGUCGGUGGUUCCAUCAGAAGCAGUCCCGCCGCGAUGUUAGGUUCGGACGCAGAGGAAGUGAAGAGAGUAGGAAACGAGAUGUAUAGGAAAGGUUUGUUCGGCGAGGCUUUGAGGUUGUACGAUAGGGCGAUAGCUUUGUCGCCGGCCAACGCGGCUUACCGGAGCAACCGAGCCGCUGCGUUGACGGGUUUGGGUCGAGUCGGUGAAGCUGUGAAGGAGUGUGAAGAGGCUUUGAGAUUGGAUCCCAACUAUGGAAGAGCUCAUCAACGUUUGGCUUCAUUGCUUAUUAGAUUAGGACAGGCUGAUAGUGCAAGGAAGCAUCUUUGUUUUCUUGGGAAACCAUCAGAUCCUAUGGAACUGCAGAAGCUUGAAGCUGUUGAGAAACAUAUGAGCAAGUGCGCAGAUGCGAGAAGGCUUGGUGAUUGGAAAGCUGCUUUGAUGGAAGUAGAUGCAGCUAUUGUCUCUGGAGCAGACUUUUCUCCACAGCUAGCUAUGUGUAAAGUAGAAGCACUCUUGAAACUUCACCGGCUUGAUGCUGCCCAUUCAAAGCUAUUAGAAGUUCCCAAAGUAGAGCCGUUUCCAGCAUCUUGUUCUCAGUCUCGGUUCUCUGGUAUGGCCUGUGAAGCUUAUACGCAUUUCGUCAAAGCUCAAGUCGAGAUGGCUUUAGGAAGGUUUGAAAAUGCAGUGAUGGCUGCUGAGAAAGCUAGCAAAUUAGAUCCACGAAGCAACGAAGUUGCCAUGUUACACAAUACCGUUACAUUGGUCGCUAGGGCUCGUGUUCGCGGUAACGAUCUCUACAAAUCAGAAAGAUACACCGAAGCAAGCUCAGCUUACGCAGAAGGCCUUAGGCUUGACCCUUGCAACGCUAUUCUAUAUUGUAACCGAGCAGCUUGUUGGUUCAAACUUGGAAUGUGGGAACGCUCUAUCGAAGAUUGUAACCACGCGCUGCGGUUCCAGCCACGUUACACAAAGCCUCUUCUCCGUAGAGCUGCCUCAAAUAGCAAGAUGGAGACAUGGGCGGCUGCAGUGAGUGAUUACGAAGCGUUGAGAAAGGAACUGCCUCAUGAUAAGGAAGUUGCUGAAUCUUUGUUUCAUGCUCAAGUCGCGUUGAAGAAGUCUCGUGGAGAGGAAGUUUUGAAUAUGGAGUUCGGUGGUGAAGUUGAGGAAGUUUACAGCCGUGAACAGUUUAAAGCUGCCAUGAAUCUACCAGGAGUUUCGGUUAUCCACUUCUCGACGGCCUCUGAUCAUCAAUGCAAGCAGUUAUCUCCGUUUGUGGACUCGUUAUGUACUCGCUAUCCUACUAUACACUUCCUCAAGGUGGACAUAGAUAAAUGUCAGUCUAUAGGUAAUGCAGAGAACGUGAGGGUUGUGCCGACAGUGAAGAUAUACAAGAACGGUACUCGUGUAAAGGAGAUUGUCUGUCCAAACAAAGAAGUAUUGGAGUACUCAGUGAGACACUAUAGCAGUUAGUUAAUACACUUUUAAAUCCACUCUUUUUCACUCAUUACCCUCAAUAAUCCCACUUAACAUCAUCACCAGGGAACCUCAUUAGUGUAGAGUUUUCAGCUCUUUAUGAUUUGUUCAUUCAUUCCCCCCCUCUUCAUUGCCCUGUGAUGUGUUUCUUCUUCCAUUCAUUUUUCUCAGAUUGAGAUUUGCAUUCGCUCCUCUUCGUCAGCCUUCACUUGUUUAGGUAUUGACAAGUGUUUACUGGUUGGAGAUUACUCUUGUGUACAUAAGAGAAGUUUGUAUGUGAGUGAAGCAGGGGGCUUUGCUAAAAUGGGCAAAAGAGGAAGAUUUGGAUUCUUCAUUUUUUUUUCUCUUUGUUACUCUUUAGAGCGUAGUGAACCAUCUUGUCAUUCCAUUUCUCCUCUUUGUCACAACAUUUUCAUCAAUAAAAAGAUAUAACUAUUUUCA